GCCGGGGGGCCGAGAGUAGGCGGUGGAGAGGGGGGCGAGGGCGGAGCACGGCGCGGGCAUGGACGCCGAGUACCCUGCCUUCGAGCCUCCGCUCUGCAGCGGCCUCAAACAGCUGUGCCGCCGGCUGCAGGAGGCUUACCGUGAGCUCAAGGAGGACCUUGCGCCAUUCAAGGAUGAUCGCUACUACAGGCUGGCGCCCAUGCGGCUCUAUACACUCUCCAAGCGCCACUUUGUCCUCAUGUUUGUCGUUUUCUUCAUCUGCUUUGGACUGACCGUCUUCGUUGGGAUUGAGGGACCUGAAGUGAUCCAGACUUCCCCUGCUAAUUUCUCACAUAAUAGUAGCAAAAAGCACAUUCCAAUGCGUUCGCACCCGCUGUCUACGUAUAACCAGCAGCUAUGGCUGACGUGUGUCGUCGAGCUGGAGCCCUCAGAAGAAACGUCUAUUCAGACCAGCUUUUCCAUGACUGUGAAAGUCGAUGGUGCAGCUCAAGAUGGAACCACAACGUACAUUCAUAACAAGGUUCACAAUCGCACAAGGACCCUCACGUGUGCAGGGAAAUGUGCAGAAAUCAUCGUGGUCCACCUUGGCUACCUGAAUUACACGCAGUACACGGUGACUGUGGGAUUUGAACACUUGAACCAGCCCGUCAAGGAGCUGAGCUUCACAUGGAAGACAUACAACCCUGCAUUUUCCCAGCUGGAGAUUUGGUUCCGCUUCGUGUUUGUGGUACUUACCUUCAUUGUGAUCUGUCUGUUUGUGCAUUCCCUGCGUAAGUUCUCCAUGAGAGAUUGGGGCAUCGAGCAGAAGUGGAUGGCCGUUCUCUUGGCGCUGCUGCUGCUCUACAACGACCCGUUCUUCCCGCUUUCCUUCCUGGUGAACAGCUGGUUUCCGGGGAUGUUGGAUGACUUCUUCCAGUCCCUGUUCCUGUGUGCCCUGCUGCUCUUCUGGCUGUGCGUGUACCAUGGGAUACGGGUCCAGGGAGAAAGAAAGUGCCUAACUUUCUAUUUGCCUAAAUUCUUCAUCGUUGGACUGUUGUGGCUGGCUUCCGUUACACUGGGAAUAUGGCAGACAUUUAAUGAAUUACAUGACCCCAUGUACCAGUAUCGAGUCGACACUGGAAACUUUCAGGGCAUGAAGGUCUUCUUCACUGUGGUGUCUGCUGUGUACAUUGUAUACCUGCUCUUUCUCAUAGUGCGGGCGUGCUCCGAGCUCCGCCACAUGCCUUAUGUGGAUCUCAGGUUAAAGUUUUUGACUGCAUUGACCUUUGUAGUACUCGUUAUUAGCAUCGUCAUCCUCUACCUAAGGUUCGGAGCACAAGUGCUGCAGGACAACUUUGUAGCUGAACUGUCGACUCACUACCAGAACUCAGCUGAGUUCCUGUCUUUCUACGGCCUGCUGAACUUCUACCUCUACACGCUGGCUUUUGUGUACUCCCCGUCGAAGAAUGCUCUGUAUGAGUCUCAGCUGAAGGACAACCCUGCAUUUUCCAUGCUGAACGACUCUGACGACGAUGUGAUUUACGGGAGUGACUAUGAAGAAAUGCCCCUGCAGAACGGCCAGGCCAUCCGUGCCAAGUACAAGGAAGAGUCGGACAGUGACUGAGCCCUGGGCAGCAGAUGGGACGGUGAGGGGCCUCUGCUUCCUUAGCAACGUGUUCUGGUUCUUUCUUCUGUGUGUGUCUAGACUCCUCUUGUGAGCAAGGGUCUCCUGUUCCUUAUUUGUUUACAUAUUUUUAAAAGAAAAACCAAAUGGAUUGAAGUGUUGGGCCAGUUUGCUGUCGGGGUAGCUCCACUAUUGAAGAAGAGGGGCUGGCUGGGAGAGCACUGUGAGGCGCACCCUUUCACGGAGAUAACAGACAAGACGAAGCCUGUUUGCAAUGGUGAGGAGAAAUUACUCACUUUUAAUAAAAAGAAUUAUGUACUUUUUUUUUUUCUUUUAAAAAGCCAUUGAGUCUGUGGGAGGCCAGAUGACCAAGGUCCCAGCAUGGCCGUGUGAAAGCUCCUCUCUCUUCCCCAUGGCACAGUCUUCAGUGCUCUGUCCUUAAAGGGAAGCCUGACCUGUGCCUAUCUCAGGUGGGCAGUCUGCCUCCAUCUUCUCAGACACGUGGAUGCCCAGGGCGCUGACUCCCAAGCAUCUGCAACAAUGGCCUGC